AUGGCGCGCGUUUUUCAAGCAUGUGACAAAGAUAACAAAGGCUGUUUAAUCAGAGAGUACUUGAAAGGUCUAUUAUUUGAAAACUUUUUAAAUCUCACGAGUGCAAAGAAGACUGCACAGUUACACAGUAAUGAAACAAGGCAAACAUUUACAGCUUUUGAUGUGCAAGAUAAGGGUUUUUUGACUUUUGAAGACUUCAACAGAGCUUUCAAUUCUAUUUCUCUUAACUUACCUGAAAAAAUCAUAGUUGAAGCCUUCAGAGAAGUCAAUCAGAAUUCUGAUGGUUGCAUCAGCUUCAAAAAGUUUGAAUCUGCAAUAAAGUAUGGACAAAAUGUAGUAUCACCAGUGUACUUUGCCUAAGGAAUAUUCUCUGGUGAAAAGACAAAGUGAAAACUUCAGAUCUCAAGAUAUUUAAAAAUCAAUGAAUCUUCAUUUGUUUCAGCCAGCAUUUUAAGAACUUUUGCUGUAAAUGUAGUUCUGAAGGACAGCCUUUGAAGCUUUACUGUUGACAAGUUGGGUGUAUUAAUUUACAUGUGUAUGUGUGUGUAGAAUACUUAAAAUAUUUGAAAUCUCAAUUGAUUCCCAAUCACUCUAGUUAGGAACUGAAACUUUGUACUUUUUCUUUUUGACUUAACAGAUGAAAAAGGAGCAACUCUGAUUUCCAGUUACUUUGAAAUUUACUUGUUCACUUCUUCAACAGUGCUUUGUUGACGGACCAAAAUAUCUCAUGUGUAGAAACGGAUUAAAUUUAUAGCAACUAAUGCCUGGGUUUUUUUUAAUCAGUAGUAUAUUUGUCUUUCCUUUAUUGUUUCACUCUCAUAUAUUGCUCUUUUUAUGUAUUACAUGUUAUUUUUAUUUUAAUAUUUAUUGGUUAAUUAGCGAUAUUACUUAAUUCUGAAUAAUUAUAAAGAAUUGUAUAUGUAAGAAAGUAAAGCAUAAAUAUUUAGCUUUCAUUUUUUUAAACAAUUUUUUAAAUGGAGUUAAGAAAUCUUUAGAGUAUAAAUCAGGAACCUCAGUUUCACAGGCUGAAAAUUCUGUGUAUUCAAACUUUCAUUUGACUUUCAGGGAAGAGUUUGGAUAUAUCUUCUCUAGCAAGAUGAUUAGAGAAU